AUGACCCCAGCCAUCCGAGACCGAGUUCUCAAGGACGUGAAUGGCGACAUUAAUGACCAUUUACGCAAACACAUUCACCUCACAAACUGCAUCCACUUAAAAAACCACAUGCACAAGCAAAGUCCCAUCUUAGCCGAACGAGCCCUUAUUCGUGACCUAUUUGCCCUUCAAAAGUCGAGGUCUUUACGCGACCCGUCUGCAAGCCCCUACGCAUGGCAUUCCCCUUCCACAGUUGAUGCCCUUAUUAAGAGAUCUGAAAAAGAUGAGGCGAUUACCGUGAGACGGUCAGUCGGAAUCGAGCGUCCCAGAAUCUCUUGGAUUGCGAGUAAGGAGGAUUUGGAAAUCGAUAAGGAUGCUUUGAAGCUUAUCGCGUCGAGGUCAGAUGGAUCUUUAAGGGAUGCUGAGAUGACUUUAGAACAACUGAGUUUGCUUGGGAAGAGAAUAUCUCUUGGCCUUGUACAAGAAUUGGUUGGGCUUAUUUCAGAUGAGAAGUUAGUGGACCUACUCGAUUUAGCGUUAUCUGCCGACACAGUUAAUAUUGUAAAGAAUCUGAGAGAUAUCAUGGAAUCUGGGGUCGAGCCGUUGACAUUAAUGUCACAGCUUGCAACUGUUAUAACUGAUAUUCUGGCGGGAAGCUAUGAUUUCAUGAAAGAAGGAUCUAGAAGGAAAUUCUUCCGGCAUAAUGCACUGUCAAAAGAAGAAAUGGAAAAACUUCGCCAGGCCUUAAAGACUCUAUCAGAAGCCGAAAAGCAGCUAAGGGUAUCAAAUGACCGAUUAACUUGGCUAACUGCUGCUCUUCUACAGUUGGCUCCCGAGCAACAGUACACUAGCUUUCACCACAGUCCGUUGAGAAAACCGAGGAAAAGCAAUGCUGAAAAGUCAAAUGGUACCGUCAUUAAUGGAAACAGCAAAACUGAGGAGAUAUGGCUGCAAAUGCUUGAAAAGAUUCCGAUUAGUACCAAGAUUAGAAUCGAGAUCAAGGAGACUGCUUUAUUGGAACCCUCCAAAAGCAACCAUACAAAAGCUUUCGCAUUUGAAGAUUAG